AUGGUAGCACCAGGAAAUGUGAAUCCAAGUGGCAGUGGGGUACAUGCGCCACCACCGCCAGGACAAGGGCAGCAGGCAAUGAAAACCGCCGGCGUCGCCCCACCCAUUGGGCCCCAAAGAGUCGAGGGAGCUUACCAAGCAUCUCCAAGAAUGCCUUCAGCAGGGAAUGUUAAAUCUGAGGUGCUCCACCAAAGGAGCAAGUUACCUUUUCAUCCGGCAAGAAUGGCCAUCGGUGGAUUUGCCGUGGUGCUCACGCUUGGUUAUUUUACCUUGUACUCUAAGAAAAAGCCUGAAGCCACUGCGCUUGACGUCGCCAAAGUUGCCACUGGAACUGCCACUCCUAAAAACACCCAUCCUCGCAACUGA